AUGGCAAAUUCAACCAGAAAUGAAGACACCUCCAAUAUCACACAAUGGCGACAGGCUCGUGUCACUGAAAACCACAUAUUGUUAAUAUGCGAUGACGUGGGUAGAUUCUGGAUAGACCUAGGAACUAUCUUGAAGUUGCCACCAGCUGAGGUUGUUAAUAUUGAGGACGAAUUCAGAUAUAACCGUGACAGGGCGUGGAAAGUAAUGAAAAGGUGGCUACAAAUGAAGGGAAGAGAAGCAACUGUGGGAAUUCUCGCAGAUGCUCUUGAGCAGAUGAAGAUGAGAAAUGCCGUCGAAAAGCUGAUUGAAAAAGUAAAAGUGGAGGCUGGAUUGAACUCCGUUCGAGCUGCAAGCGGGAAGUUACGAAAGGACGUUGAACUUUUGAGGGUAGAAAUACAGAACGGGCAACGGAUGCAAGACGAAACACGGAAAGAAUACGAAGAAUUAAAUUGCGAAAUGCAAACAGCAACUGGAGAGGAAGGCCGAAAAAACAUGGAAACUAGGAUGCAACGCCUCGAGACAACAAUUGAACGGCUGGAAAGGCAAGAUCCACUACAAAAAUUGACUCGAUUGCUAGAAAUUUGCGGCAGGAUUGACGAGGGUCUACGUGAUGUACAGGAGAGCGUCAGAAAAGUCUCUGAAAACCAAAACGCGGCGGUUGGAAGGUCAUUCGAAGCCGAUAGGAAUACAUCAGAUGAACCUAUUGAGAGGCAACAAGAGGAAACUACAUCGGAAGAUACCAUUCAGAGAGACACAAUACGGAGGGAUUCGCAGAACCAAAGAGAAAGUGAACUCAUUAUAAAACCUUUGCUUGACGGAAAUGAAAUGGAACUCAAUGAUGUGGAAAAAGAAAGAGAUUCACUGAAAACCAAAUCUGGUCAACCAGACCAAACGAGCAAAAGUCAACUGGAGCGGAAAAGAAAGUUAAAAACAAAUAAUAAACAAGUUAAAGUGGAGAGAAACGAAGCCAUCGAACCAAAUAAAGUAAUGGUGGAACAGAUUCAAAAGCUUGAAGCGGAGAAAAAGGAGCUCGAAAUGACGUUAAAUGGUCAAACCGAUCUUAUGGCUGAAAAUGAAAAGCUGUCGACUCAAAUAGAAAGGCUGACAAAAGAAGCAAACAACUCUGAGUUUGAGUGCAAGCGGCUACAAGAGGAGCUCAAGACGUACAUAAAUUACCAAAGUCACGUUUUCUUACCAGCUGGAAAGGAAUUUGCCGGCAUAUGCACUGGUGUCAUCUGCUUCCUGAAACAAAGAUUAAAAGAUGCACCUUGCGCUGAAUUGAUUGCUUCCAGAUCUUCCGAUGGCCCUGGAGAUGGGGCUGACGUAUUAAACCAUAAGACAGGCACCGUCAGUGCGACAGAAGAAAAGAAAAAUUCGUGGUGGUCUAUUGAUCUGGGCUCAAGCCAUCGGCUUGUGAUUACACACUACGCUUUGAGGCACGGCAAAAGAGAAAAAGAGUCACUGCUAACCCAAUGGCAGCUGAAGGGAUCCAAUGAUGGGAAGCAAUGGGAAAACAUUGACACUAUUCGCGACAAGAAGGAUCCACAGUUCAAAGAUCCUUCCCUAUUUUGUACAGGCAAAUGGUCUGUCAAAGGGGAAAUAGGGCCUUUUCGUUAUUUUCGAAUUUUCCAGACAGGUGUUAAUUCCUCUGGCAAAUAUGGAAUAUACCUAUCUGGAAUUGAGCUGUAUGGAGUACUUCUAAACAUGUGUGAACUAACAGAAACAGAGGCUUUAUCCUAUAAAGUUUUCAUCAAGCAGCCGAAUGAAAAGUGAA